CACCGGUAUUCGCUGUGUGUAGAGCCAUAGCUCAGAAAAGCUCAGUGUGAUCACAGACUGUUUUUUAAUCACAGACUGAAAGCAGAAUAAUCCGCGUGUUUGGGGUUUUUUUUUGUUUGUUUUUUCCCCCCGCACAUUGUGCGUGUAGUGCGUUCUACUGCGCAGCUGCUUUUACUGGAGACGCGGGUUUACGGAUGGUCGUUUCGGACAGGGACGACCAGUUCCAAGUGUCCAGCUCCUGCAGUGUGUGGCCGAUGUAGGCUAUUGCUCGGUGUGAUGUGUAAUGGCUCCUGCUCUGGGUGCUCUGUGGGCCUCAGGGGUUGCUGGAUCGGAGAUCAGUGGUGAGCUGCCAAUAGUGAGCAUUCUCACGGCAUUCUGGGCCUUCUUGCUGCUCACUGUUCUGCUGGUACUAUGUGCUGGCUGUCAAGGGCAGAAGAAAGCAGCCCGGCUCCCUGGAGACCAUGAGAACCUGAUGAAUGGGGUACAGGUGUCAGAAAAGGAGACAUGUAGCCAGACAGCAGAUACAGGCAGCCAUGGCACUGAUCUGGUGGCCAGUAGCUCCUUCAAUGGGCCUCUUACAAGCGGUACAGUCCUCACAGACACCAUGGACACAAGCCCGCACCCUUCAGAAGAAAUGGUGUCCAUCCAGUCAGAGCAUCGCUCGUCUAAAUGCCCCCAAGACCGUGAGUUACCCAGCAUUCCCUGCGUCAACAGUCUGCGGGCGGAAGCUGAGGCCUCUGAAGAGUGCAGAGCCUCCGGGGAUGGCACAUACGAGAUGCUAAAGGAAGGAGCCUCACACGAUGCUGUAGAAGACUCACCUUAUGAGACGUUAAAAGAGCUGAAGGAGGCACGCAUCACUAACGGCACGCUGACCCCUGACGAGCCUCCGACAGCCCAGCCCAAUGGGCAUGUGAGCCCCAGCCCUGGCAUGCCUGACUCAGACGCAGAGUACGCCUCCAUUGACCUGAAGAAGAAAAGCCGCUACAGUGUAGAAGCCGAGGCCCAGCGCUCAGCUGUAGAGCAGCCUGAGGAGGACAAUCCACCACCUAUUCCUGAUAAAGUGCUGGAUGAAAACGACAACCAAAACAUUACUACACUGCAGAAUGGAGAGAUAUCAGCCAUGUACUCCACUGUAAAUAAGCCAGCAAAAGAAGAGGAGAAUGAGCAUGACUACAGCAGCAUCAGCGAGAUCAGGGGUAUAGUGGUGGAGUCGAGCUCCAGUGAGCUAUACGCCACGGUGAAAGACGUGUACCCCUCACCCCCUGCCGAGCAGCCUGCAGAGAGCACAGACAACGGGUACGAGACUAUCAAGAUUACAAAAAACGUCGAGGAAGAGGUCCAGCAGGAUAACGGGCUUGUGGAGUCUGACUACGCAAAUGUUGGAGAGCUGGGGCUGAACGGCGAGACGUCCCGUCUCUGACUGAGAGUCACAAAGCACUUCGAGUGACGUAGCAGCGGCUCGGGCGGACUUAGUUUAGCACUUAUUUACGCAGAAUGUUAGCAAGCCAGUAAAUGAAAUGAAUAGGUGGUCACUUGGGCUUAUGGUGUGAAGGUGUGAAAACAAUGCAGAAAACAAUAGGAGUUAAGGUGUUGGACUACUGAUUGGAAGGUUGUGAGGUCAAAUCCAGGGUCCACCAAACUGCCCCAUAACCCUCACUUUCUCAGUUAAAGAUAAAAUUACGAAAAUCACUCUGGAGAAGAAAUUCUGCUAAAUGCCACAAAUGUAAACAUGCACGUAUCACAGCUCCAGUGUCCUUGGGUCGAUCCUGAGUUCAGGUUACUCUGUGUGUGUGAUGUUACACAUGCUUUCCCUGUGUCCAGCUGGGUUUUAUCUGGUAAAUCCCCGAGCACAUGCCAGUCCAUCUACUUGUAUCUUAUUCAGGCCAAAUUUUCAUCUAACGUCCAGUGUACCUGGGAUAGGCUCCAGAUCCACCAUAACCCUGAUCAAGUUACUAAAAAAAGAAAUUAACAAAUUAAUGAAAUUCUCUUGCUAUAAAGAGUUCUUAUUAUGUUAUAGAGUCCUCUGUUUAGUUUCAAGUGGGAUUAGACAUAGCACAACAAUCAUCUUAAGGAAAAAAAUUCACUUGUAUGUAUGGUGAUGUAAAGUGAACAUUUGGGUGCCAUAAGUUAUAGUCACCUCAGUGCUCUCAUUAUGAUGCUUGAUGCUUAGAACAGACAACCAGCAACACCGCGCUAGCAAAAUGCAUAUGUUUAAUUACCUUGCAGUUUUCGAAUUAGAGAUCAAGUUGCAAGAAUUAAGUGUAAUAUGAAUUAAAAAAGAUGACUUGGGACACUGACACUGUGUGUGCCAUUCACAGUCAUAAUCAGGAGCUUAGAGUACGAUAAGUUGAUAACACAGUAAUGCCAACGUGUACGAUUUAGCUGUAGCUUUACCCUUUGUCGGAGUUUGGAAAAGGCAGAUCACUGAAGGGGAAAGGACGCUGUAUAUGAGACAUUUGCUUGCACACAGACUUUAUGUUGAAAUUUGACCUGUGAAUUUCCAAACCUUUGUUCUUUUUUGAAGUAGUUGAUAUCGAGGGCGGGGCUGUCAUGUCUUCUGAUAGUAAACCCAUAAGGUAGAAUGUGCUGUUCAAUACACAGUUUUACAAUAUUACCUACAUAUGUCAGAAUUUUUGUGGUAAAAUUGUUCAAAUCUAAAGUAUUUUUUUUCUUGUUAGCAUCUUGUUAGCAUGUUGGCACCUCCGGAUCAUGUUGCUAUAAAUCACUUCCUGUGGUACGUACAGUCAAUUCAUUCGAUAAUGCUAACAAUCACAGAAUAAUAAUAAUAAUAAAAAAAAACAUAUCUAUUGCUGAUGUAGAAAUUUUCUAAAUUAUUUGUGAUGUGAAGAAUAUUUUAAUGUUAAAUGUGCCUGGCUACCUGUGUGUCACCAUGAAUGAAGUUCAUUAAUUAAGUAUUGAUUCGUCACACGAAUUACCCUACCAUAGCCUUUAGUAGGUACAGACUCAUGUAUUUGUAAAGCACAAAAGGUACUCACCUUGGCACUAUUAUUACCGUGUACAAACUUCAAAUACGAAGUGCUUUUCAAGAAGUAUAAAAUUAUACGACAGACACUGCAUGUGAGACCAUGACAUGCCAAGAGACACUUAUAAAUAUUUCUAUUCUAAUACUUUAUUCAUCUUUUUUAAAAUACUGUAUGAUUUUACACACCACUUCAGUAAUGUGCCUGUCCUCUCUCCUCUCUAUAUGAAGGCUUUAAAUGUAUAGGCUUUAAAUUCUGAUGACAUAAAGCACAGGAGUCUGUGUGGAAUUUUUAAGUGCUCUGGUUGUUUUAAAGGUAUUUGUGAAAGUUUAAUAAAAGUAAAAAUAAAAAAUAGGCUGACAUUGAAAUUGGGACUCACGGCCAACGCUGUACUUGUGAGUGGGUCCGGUUAGGUGAAAAUGUUGGUACAAUUUCUUGGUACAAGAUCUGUAUUGUGAAGGUACAUUCAUUAUUUAAUAUCAUAGUAUAAUAUUAUCAUCAUUUGCAUUGUAUUUUUUUUUUUGUAAAUAUAAAUCACUGCAUUGUUUUGUAUCAUCAUAAACUUUUUAAAGUGACAUUGGUCAAUUAAAUACUGCAGUCAUGCUGGACUCAUCAUAAA